AGGGAGAAAAUGCUCGACUUGCUCAGCGUUACAGCAUCACAACACGCCUGCUCGUCCUCUACUACGUCCUGUCGUAUGAAGAGGCUCUCCUGGCAAAUACUAAGACACUAGCUGCCAUGCAAAAAAAACCCAAGUCUUACUCUUCAGCAUUAAUGGAUCAAAUUCCAAUCAAGUACCUAAUCCGCCAGGCACAGGGGCUGCAGCAGGAACUUGGAGGCUUGCACUCUGCACUGCUCCGCCUUCUUGCUACUAACUAUCCACACCUCUGCAUUGUGGAGGACUGGAUCUGUGAGGAGCAGAUCACUGGCACUGAUGCCUUGCUGAGGAGGAUGCUUCUUACCAACACUGCCAAAAAUCAUUCUCCCAAACAGCUCCAGGAAGCCUUUUCCAUGCUCCCAGGAAACCAUACCCAGCUGAUGCAGAUUCUGGAACAUUUAACACUUCUCUCUGCUGGUGAAUUGAUCCCAUAUGCAGAAGUACUAACUUCAAACAUGAAUCAGUUGCUAAAUGCUGGUGUCCCACGGAGGAUUCUUCAGACAGUCAAUAAACUUUGGAUGGUUCUGAACACUGUCAUGCCACGAAGGUUGUGGGUCAUGACUGUUAAUGCUCUGCAGCCUUCAGUAAAAAUAGUCCGACAGCAGAAAUACACUCAGAAUGAUCUUAUGAUUGACCCUUUGAUUGUACUACGAUGUGAUCAGAGAGUUCAUAGGAGUCCCCCUCUGAUGGAUAUAACUUUGCACAUGCUGAAUGGAUAUCUUCUUGCUUCAAAAGCCUACCUCAAUGCUCACCUCAAGGAAACAGCCGACCAGGACAUCAGGCCAUCCCAAAACAACACAAUGGGUCCAGAGACCCCUGAAGUUACCAGGGAAGAACUAAAAAAUGCACUGCUUGCUGCUCAGGAUAGUGCUGCUGUGCAGAUUCUUUUGGAAAUCUGUUUACCUACAGAUGAUGAGAAAGCUCAGAGCAGUAAUACCCACAGCCUUCUGAAAAGUGUUUACAGUUCCUCUGGCUCUAAGAGCCCCGAAGUAGUGGAAGAAGAUGACGACGACAGCUUGCUGUGUAACCUCCGAGAGGUCCAGUGCCUCAUCUGCUGUCUGCUGCAUCAGAUGUACAUAGCUGAUCCCAACAUAGUCAAACUGGUUCAUUUCCAGGGUUAUCCAUGUGAACUUCUGGCCCUGACAGUGGCAGGGAUUCCGUCCAUGCACAUCUGCCUGGAUUUCAUACCUGAGCUCAUUGCCCAGCCUGAGCUUGAAAAACAGAUAUUUGCAAUCCAGUUGCUUUCGUUUCUGUGUAUCCAGUACGCGCUGCCCAAAUCUCUGAGUGUGGCUCGUUUAGCAAUCAAUGUCAUGGGAACCCUCCUCACGGUCUUAACCCAGUCAAAGCGCUAUGCCUUUUUUAUGCCAACGCUGCCUUGUUUGGUUUCGUUCUGUCAAGCCUUUCCACCCUUGUAUGAGGAUAUCAUGUCCCUGCUGAUACAAGUAGGGCAAGUCUGUGCCUCUGACGUUGCCACGCAGACAAGGGACUUCGAUCCAAUUAUUACACGUCUCCAGCAACUAAAGGAGAAACCAAAGGAAAUUCUAGGACUUUGCAAAGAUCCAUCUUACAAAAGUUGUUCAAGGGACAUUGCAAGCAUGGACCCUGAUGUUCAGUUAUGCCAAUGUGUUGAAAGUACUAUCAUUGAAAUAAUUAACAUGAGUGUAAGUGGAGUUUAGGAAGAAGAGAAAUGAAAUUGUGUCAUAGCUAGUAUUGCUGUCUGUGAUGUCUAAAUCUGGAGAGAG